AUGACUUCUCAGACUCUGAAUGGAGAGGAGCCGAGCUCAAUGCCAUCUCCAGGGACAGCAAACUGCCAUCAGCAACAGGAACGAUACGGAGUAAACCCUGCCAAAAGGCAGCUGUCACGAGCUGUAUCAAACAAGUGCCCCAGUACUGUGAAGUGCCCCAGUACUGUGAAGUGCCCCAGCACUGUGAAGUGCCCCAGUAGUGUGAAGUGCCCCAGUACUAUGAAGUGCCCCAGCACUGUGAAGUGCCCCAGUACUAUGAAGUGCCCCAGUACUAUGAAGUGCCCCAGUACUGUGAAGUGCCCCAGCACUGUGAAGUGCCCCAGUACUAUGAAGUGCCCCAGUACUGUGAAGUGCCCCAGUACUGUGAAGUGCCCCAGUACUAUGAAGUGCCCCAGUACUAUGAAGUGCCCCAGUAGUGUGAAGUGCCCCAAUACUAUGAAGUGCCCCAGCACUGUGAAGUGCCCCAGUACUAUGAAGUUCCCCAGUACUAUGAAGUGCCCCAGUACUGUGACGUGCCCCAGUACUGUGAAGUGCCCCAGUACUAUGAAGUGCCCCAGUACUAUGAAGUGCCCCAGUACUGUGAAGUGCCCCAGCACUGUGAAGUGCCCCAGUACUAUGAAGUGCCCCAGUACUGUGAAGUGCCCCAGUACUAUGAAGUGCCCCAGCACUGUGAUGUGCCCCAGUACUAUGAAGUGCCCCAGCACUGUGAAGUGCCCCAGUACUGUGAAGUGCCCCAGUACUGUGAAGUGUCCCCAGUACUGUGAAGUGCCCCAGUACUGUGACGUGCCCCUACCCACGUCGGUUUGA